AUGUCUAUGCAAAAUGGUUCACCUAAGUUUUCGGGGUAUAUCCGUCGCUUAGUCGACGAAGGUUUUUUAUCUGCCCAGCAAAUGAAAGAUGCGCUCAGUAACGCUCAAAAAAAUAAAGUGAGUAUUGUUGCCUAUCUCAGUGAAAAACUCAACAUACCACCAUUGAUCAUUGCUGAAAUGAUCUCCGAAGAAUUUGGAGAGCCCAUUUUUGAUUUGGACAGCUUUAAUCCUGAAAUGCUGCCCAAGGAGCUUAUUGACCCAAAUUUAGUUAGCAAACAUAAAGUAAUUCCUUUGGUUCAACGCGGCAAUAUUUUAUACGUUGCCACCAGUGAUCCAACCAAUAUAGAGGCGCUAGAUGCUAUUCGUUUUAACUGCGGUUUAAAUAUUGAACCAAUUAUUGUUGAACAUCAUAAAUUAGAAAAAUAUUUAGAAAAGCACUUUACAGUAGAAGAAAGCUUUAAUUUUGGUGAUGAAGAUUUUGAUGUUGAUAUUAUUGCCACUGAUGACACACCGCCAUCAGAAGAUGAUGACGAAGCAUCUGAAGAAGAAGCACCUAUUGUUAAAUAUAUUAAUAAACUCUUGGUUGAUGCAAUUCGUAUGGGUGCAUCAGAUUUACACUUUGAACCUUAUGAAAAAAGUUAUCGUGUGCGUUAUCGUGUAGAUGGGGUACUAAGAACCAUUACCAAUCCCCCCUUACAAUUGGCAAGUCGUUUGGCAUCCCGCUUAAAAGUGAUGUCUAGAAUGGAUAUUUCUGAAAAGCGUGUUCCACAAGAUGGUCGUAUUAAGUUAAAACUCUCAAAAACCAAAGCCAUUGAUUUUCGUGUGAACUCAUUACCGACAUUAUUUGGCGAAAAAUUGGUACUGCGUAUUCUUGAUCCUUCCAGUGCCAUGUUGGGUAUUGAUGCAUUGGGGAUCAAUCAAGUCAAUGUCAAUCUUAAAGCAGGCCUCACAUUUUCUGUGGCACUAAAAUCAUUCCUACGUCAAGAUCCAGACAUUAUCAUGGUCGGUGAGAUUCGUGACCUCGAAACUGCUGAAAUUGCGAUCAAGGCGGCUCAAACGGGGCAUAUGGUGAUGUCUACCCUACAUACCAACAGCGCACCUGAAACAUUAACCCGUUUACGUAAUAUGGGCGUGCCUUCCUUUAACAUUGCCACUUCAGUCAAUCUUGUGAUUGCACAACGAUUGGCAAGACGUUUAUGUAAUCAUUGUAAAGCACCCGUUGAAAUCCCUAGACAGAGUCUGUUAGAAAUGGGCUUUACCGAACAAGACUUAAGCAAUCCUGACUUACAAAUUUUUCAACCUGUGGGCUGUAGUGAAUGCCGUGAAGGCUAUAAAGGUCGAGUCGGGAUCUACGAAGUGAUGAAAGUAACACCUGAAAUUUCAAAAAUUAUCAUGGAAGAUGGCAAUGCACUUCAAAUUGCGGCGGCAUCUGAAAAAUUGGGGUUUGAUAAUCUAAGACGUUCAGGAUUAAUUAAGGUCAUCAAUGGCUUAACUUCUUUACAAGAAAUUAACCGUGUGACCAGCGAAUAA